ACUAGUCUUCUCCCUCUGGCGAACACAUUAAACCUUAACAAUUCUUGCGGCCGCAGUUCAUUGACGACCCUCCUUCUUCAUUAGAGGCCGUAUCGCCUCUCAAUCCCUCCGCCAUAAACCCUUCGCCUGCUCCCGCUGCCCAACCCCUCAAGCAGAGAAUGGCAAUGGCAGCCACUCGUGUCUUCCCGGUCAGACGCAAUUCGACCCCAGGCGACUCGGACGACACCGACAUCAGCAUGCCUCGGUCAAUUCCCCGCAAGCGCAUCCCCAGCCAAGAAUGGGAGAAGAAGCGGCCCAUCAUCACUCGCCUCUAUCAGGAGGAGAAGAAGCCGCUCAAGGAGGUCAUGGAGAUUCUCGAGCGCGACCACAACUUUACUGCUACUGUAAAAAUGUACAAGUCGAGAAUCUGGAAGUGGGGACUCGACAAGAAGCUCAAGGGCGAUGAGGUCCUCGCCAUCCUCAUCCUCAGGACGGAGCGCGAGGCCCAAGGCAAGCCCUCCGAGUUCACCAUCCGCGGCCAACCUGUCGACCUCGACAACAUCAACCGUUACAUCCGCCGCAACCCUUCACUCGUGGCCCGAUUUCAAGCCGGCGAAGUCCCCAGCAUCCAAACAACCCUCGAGGUUCAGUGUCACACGCCUUCACCAGCUCCCAGUCCUUCAUCGACAGCCCCAAUCGAGGUCGGCCCCAUCGAGGAAGUCCUGUGUCUCUUCAGGAAUUACGUGGAUUUGUGUUUUACGAAUGGGAUAUGGGAGUACGAGUACAACGUCAACUGCACGAGUCGCCGAACAGGUGACCGAAGCGAUGAGUUGUUUGAGCGCGUGAUGACCGGCUUUGCUUUGGUCAACCGCUGCAUGAUGCGGAAAGAUGAAAUUUCCAUCGGCACGAUACUCAGCCCAGCCUUUGAGUCUCUCAAGGAGAUUGUUGCUUCCGAGAGCCCCAUAUUUGUCGCUCGGACAGCCUGUUUGUUGUGGUACCUUGAUCGGAAUCACAGAAACGACCUUCUACGGAUAGUCAUGGACUAUCUAGCCGGCCUGGUCCCCAUUGUGCUCGGCCAAGACAACCCCAUGAUCCGCAUCUGGCAGAUCUUGGGAUCCCCCCAGUUCACCGAGUACUCCGAGCUUGCCAUGCGUCUCUACUCUACCUUGGUGCCGCUUAUGGAGGAGCGAAUCGGACCUGCAAAUUACAUCACCGCCAUUCUAUACGGCGAUCAUAUCGACUAUCUUCUCGGCCACGAUCGGUCCACGGAAGCUCUCGCUGUCGCCACAAAUUACCGAGCUAAAGCAGAUGCCACUGGCAUGCAGCACCAAUGGCUCAUCGAGCUUGCCAUUGGCCAGACGGCUGUGCUUUGCAAAACGAAAGAGAGGGAGGGCAGGUUUGACGAGGCAAUCGAGUGCUUGCAGGCUCUCAAGGAGUACAACAUGGGAGACGAGCAGCAGACGGUGGUCAACAUCCAAUUGGGCAACUGUAGCUUCCGGAUGGGUGACAUCCAUUCGGCCCUCCAAUGGUUCCAAGAGGCGACGCGGCUGGCUGUUACUGGCGACGGAGACGAGCGCUUACUUCUGACGUGUCUGGCCAACCUCGAGCGCGCACACUCCGAGAUGGGCAGAGUCGUUGAGGCAGCCCAGGUGCAACAGUACCGGCUUCGCCGACUAUCAGACUUCGCGAGAGACUCAAGCACCUUUGCUAGUCCUCCCAGCUGGAGGGAGCCAUGCCAUUCGGAGACAUCUAUCGCAGCGACCAGCCCCGUCGACGACUCCAGCCGGAGCAGCAUCGAAGUUCCCGAUUGGUUGUGGGCUGCCGACGAGGCCCGGCUGCCGACCGUGACGCCCGUAAUGGGCAUGAAUGAUACAUGAGGGCUCCAAAUGAGUGGCUGCUGACGGCCAGCGAAGGAGGCGGGGGCUGUCGAGAUAUGGGGUACUUUUGACAGGGUCCUUUUUUUUCUCCCCAAUUUGUAUUAUACCCAAAAAGGCUUCUUUUUUCA